AACACACUGCACAAAAACAAGGUAAAAAUAAAAAUAAUAAAAUGCAUAAACAGAAACAUGAAAAUAAAAUAAAAUGAGCUCCCUCUAUCCGUGACUCGUUCUUUCUCUGUAUCUUUCUAUCAAAAUUUUCUCUGUGGUUAUGCUGUCAUCUACGCCUUUAAUCGUCGCAACAAUCCAUCGAUGAUGGGCUUCUUCGCGAUUUUUUGGGGAUUCUGAUUCGAUCGUUACGGAUGGCUUGGAUUGCUGUAAUCUUGAGGUCUAUAUAUUGAAGCCUUUCACGCAUUGUGCUAGGUGAAUGAAUUGUUCUUGAGGUAAUAUUGUAAGCACGGCACAUUUUUUUGAAAAUGGCUUCUGUGGGUGUAGCACCUACUUCUGGUUUGAGAGAAUCCAAAGGUGAUAUUGUUGGAGUUGAUAGGUUACCUGAGGAGAUGAAUGACAUGAAAAUUAGGGAUGAUAAGGAAAUGGAAGCAACAGUUGUUGACGGUAAUGGGACUGAGGCAGGUCAUAUUAUAGUGACAACUAUUGGUGGUCGAAAUGGCCAGCCGAAGCAGACUAUUAGUUACAUGGCUGAACGUGUUGUGGGCCAUGGAUCAUUUGGAGUUGUGUUCCAGGCAAAAUGCUUAGAGACAGGUGAAACUGUGGCCAUAAAGAAGGUUCUUCAAGACAAGAGAUAUAAGAACCGAGAGUUACAAACCAUGCGUCUUCUUGACCACCCAAAUGUUGUAUCCUUGAAGCACUGUUUCUUCUCCACAACUGAAAAAGAUGAAUUGUACCUUAAUUUGGUACUUGAGUAUGUCCCUGAAACUGUUCAUCGCGUAAUCAAACACUACAAUAAGGUGAACCAAAAGAUGCCGCUGAUAUAUGUGAAGCUGUAUACAUAUCAGAUUUUCAGGGCAUUGUCUUACAUUCAUCGCACUAUUGGAGUGUGUCACCGGGACAUCAAGCCUCAAAAUCUUUUGGUGAAUCCACAUACCCACCAAGUUAAAUUGUGCGACUUUGGAAGUGCUAAAGUUUUGGUUAAAGGGGAGCCCAAUAUUUCUUAUAUAUGCUCGAGGUACUAUCGAGCACCUGAGCUUAUAUUUGGGGCAACAGAGUAUUCUACAGCUAUUGACAUUUGGUCUGCUGGAUGCGUUCUUGCUGAGCUACUUCUUGGACAGCCCUUGUUCCCUGGUGAGAGUGGAAUUGACCAGCUUGUGGAGAUCAUCAAGGUUUUGGGUACUCCAACGAGGGAGGAAAUUAAAUGCAUGAAUCCUAACUAUACUGAGUUCAAAUUCCCACAAAUCAAAGCUCAUCCAUGGCACAAGAUAUUCAACAAACGCAUGCCUCCGGAAGCUGUUGAUCUGGUAUCAAGAUUGCUGCAAUAUUCUCCUAAUUUACGGUGCACAGCUCUGGAUGUCUUGAUCCAUUCCUUUUUUAAUGAGCUGCGAGAUCCAAACACACGUCUGCCAAGUGGACGUUUCCUUCCCCCAUUAUUCAACUUUAAGCCUCACGAAUUGAAGGGGCUGCCGGUGGAAACCUUAGUGAAGUUGAUUCCCGAGCACGCCCGAAAGCAAUGUCCUUUCCUUGGGUUGAGUUCUUAAAAUGUGACAAAUCAGCAAGUAUUCCAUAUGGGAGUUAUGCUUCUUCAUUCUCUCUGCCUAUUUGUUCGAUUUUCUUUGUACCUAAGUGAUUUCUCGUUGUAUUGUGUUGUUUUUUGUGUAAGCGGAUUUAGGGGGAUUAUGUUUAACCAAUCCCAGACGUCAACGGGUCACCUGUUUAUCCUAUUUCUGUAACUUAAUGUGGACAAGAAUGAGAAUCUGUCUAAAUGGCCAAUUUGAUUUGGAGUCUGAAAAUUUCUGGCAGUUAGAAGGCUGAAUUAUCGUUCUUUUUCUUAUUCUAUGAUUUUGGAUUACCCUUUGAUCUGUCCAUCCUCAAUGUGCUAACUGUAUUAAUUGUAACCAUCUAUCUGUUCAUAUACAGAAGCAAAACUAUGAUCUGAGAAAGAAGAGGACAAUGCUCGUUGUAGUAUGUGAUGUCAAAGCAAGUGCAAUACAUCAAGCUCAUGUUUUGUUUCAACCUCUUUUAUGGCCCUUUAUAGGUGUACAAAUACAGU